AUGGACAGGAUCCGAUUGCUCAAUCAAUCUCACAAGCACCGGAGAGAGAAAACCUGUACGGGAAAACAAACGAAAUUUGACCAAAAAAAUAUCUACGGGCCGAGCUGCACGGAGGCGUGCGACUUGCUCAAGAACUGCAGCGGGAACGGCCGGUGCAACGGGCAGACGGGCGGGUGCGACUGCUACCAGGGGUACACGGGAGCAGACUGCUCAGAGGAGACGGGCGGCGGCGGGUCGGGCAUAUGCGGGAAGAACCUCUACGGGCCGAGCUGCACGGAGGAGUGCGACUUGCUCAAGAACUGCAGCGGGAACGGCCGGUGCAACGGGCAGACGGGCGGGUGCGACUGCUACCAGGGGUACACGGGAGCAGACUGCUCAGAGGAGACGGGCGGCGGCGGGUCGGGCAUAUGCGGGAAGAACCUCUACGGGCCGAGCUGCACGGAGGAGUGCGACUUGCUCAAGAACUGCAGCGGGAACGGCCGGUGCAACGGGCAGACGGGCGGGUGCGACUGCUACCAGGGGUACACGGGAGCAGACUGCUCAGAGGAGACGGGCGGCGGCGGGUCGGGCAUAUGCGGGAAGAACCUCUACGGGCCGAGCUGCACGGAGGCGUGCGACUUGCUCAAGAACUGCAGCGGGAACGGCCGGUGCAACGGGCAGACGGGCGGGUGCGACUGCUACCAGGGGUACACGGGAGCAGACUGCUCAGAGGAGACGGGCGGCGGCGGGUCGGGCAUAUGCGGGAAGAACCUCUACGGGCCGAGCUGCACGGAGGAGUGCGACUUGCUCAAGAACUGCAGCGGGAACGGCCGGUGCAACGGGCAGACGGGCGGGUGCGACUGCUACCAGGGGUACACGGGAGCAGACUGCUCAGAGGAGACGGGCGGCGGCGGGUCGGGCAUAUGCGGGAAGAACCUCUACGGGCCGAGCUGCACGGAGGAGUGCGACUUGCUCAAGAACUGCAGCGGGAACGGCCGGUGCAACGGGCAGACGGGCGGGUGCGACUGCUACCAGGGGUACACGGGAUUACGCUGUCAAUUUUUGUUGUCAUGCCCAAAUGGAUUCGUAUUAGAUGGUAUGUCUUGUUUUCUUUGCUUCAAAAACUUGACGAUUUUAACAUCUCCUCACAGGGAAAUGCUUAUCUUGUUUAGAGUGUUCUAA